AAAUGAAAAAAGAAGAAUGUCAGAGAAAGCUGGAGAGGCAGGAGAAAGAACUGAAAAAGGGAAAAAGAGAGUUGAAAGUGCCAAAAAAGAGACAGCCACUGUGAAGCACGGGACGAGAGAUAAAACACGGGAAGAGAGAAAAAAAAAGCGCAAGAAGGUUUUCGAAACAAGCUCAGAACACAAGACUAGUGAACAAGACUCAGAAGAUAAAGAAAACAGUGAGGACAAGGAGGUAAAGCCCGAGAGUCUGUCCCCAGAUGAGCUGGAGAAACUGAAGGAGGCAGUGGAUGAAAAGAAAAAGCUGAUUCAAAGUUUGAGAGGAAAGCCCUGGCCAAUGAAGAAGAAGCUUGUUACUUUGCGGGAGUCUCAGCAGUUUCUGGAGAAAUACGAGGGAGCUCUGGGGAAAGGAAAAGGCAGGAAACUCUACGCAUACAAAGUCAUGAUGACCAAGAAGUGGAUGAAGUUCCAACGAGAUUUUGAAAACUUCAAAACUGCCUGCAUUCCAUGGGAAAUGAAAAUCAAAGAGAUAGAGAGUCAUUUUGGCUCCUCAGUUGCCUCAUACUUCAUCUUCUUAAGGUGGAUGUAUGGCAUCAACAUGAUCUUAUUUGGUCUGACCUUUGGAUUGGUCAUGGUUCCGGAGGCCUUAAUGGGGCGACCUUACGGGAGCAUCCCAAGAAAGACUGUACCCAGAGCUGAAGAGGCAUCUGCUAUGGACUUUGCCGUCCUUUGGGACUUUGGGGGUUAUGCCCAAUAUUCUGUCCUCUUCUAUGGUUUCUACAGCAACCAGCGUGCCAUUGGUUGGCUCAAGUUCCGUAUGCCUUUGUCUUAUUUCUUAGUUGGUGUGGGAACAGUGGCUUACAGCUACAUGGUUGUUAUAAGAACGAUGGCUCGCAAUGCAAAUGAGUCAGGAGUUGGCGAUGACAACAGUUUCAACUUCAGCUGGAAGAUGUUUACCAGUUGGGAUUAUCUGAUAGGGAACCCUGAAACGGCAGACAAUAAGUUUGCCUCCAUCACCACUUGCUUCAAGGAGGCGAUAUUAGAGGAGCAAGAAAGUCGGAAGGACGACAACAUCCAUCUGACUCGUUUCCUGCGAGUGCUGGCAAACUUUCUGGUUUUGUGCUGCUUGGCAGGAAGCGGAUAUCUUAUUUACUUUGUUGUGCGACGCUCUCAAAAGUUUGCCCUGGAUGGUUUUGAAAAUCACACCUGGUGGGAAAGAAAUGAGGUAAACAUGGUCAUGUCAUUACUAGGGAUGUUCUGCCCCAUGCUUUUUGACGUUAUCAGCACCCUGGAGAAUUACCACCCACGUGUUGCCCUGCAGUGGCAGCUGGGUCGCAUCUUCGCUCUCUUUUUGGGAAACCUUUACACCUUUAUUAUUGCACUCAUGGAUGAGAUUAAUGUUAAAAGGGAGGAGGAAAAGAUAGUUAAGUUUAACAUAACCAUGUGGGAAGCAAGUCUUUAUAAUGGCACUGUAUCAGAAAACUUCACCGCUUCCCCCAUCACCAUCCACCCUGCUGAUGUGCCCCGAGGGCCCUGCUGGGAGACCAUGGUAGGCCAGGAGUUUGUUCGACUGAUCAUCUCUGAUACCAUGACAACUUAUAUCACGCUGCUGAUUGGUGAUUUCUUACGGGCCGUUCUUGUUCGUUUUCUAAACCACUGCUGGUGCUGGGACCUUGAAGCUGGAUUUCCAUCUUACUCUGAGUUUGAUGUCAGCGGAAAUGUCCUGGGCCUCAUCUUCAAUCAAGGAAUGAUAUGGAUGGGAGCCUUCUACGCUCCUUGCCUGCCUGCCUUAAACGUCCUGCGGCUACAUGUGUCCAUGUACCUGCAGUGCUGGGCUGUGAUGUGCUGCAAUGUGCCACAGGAGCGAGUCUUCAAAGCUUCAGGCUCUAAUAAUUUCUACAUGGCCAUGCUGCUGGUCAUUCUCUUCCUGUCCACUCUGCCUGCUAUCUACACCAUUGUCACUAUCCCCCCUUCCUUUGACUGUGGACCCUUCAGCGGCAAGAACCGGAUGUUUGAUGUGAUCCGUGAGACGCUGGAGUCUGACUUUCCAGCCUGGUUUAGUAAAGUAUUCAGCUAUGCUUCCAACCCUGGGCUGGUGCUGCCCUUCAUAUUACUGAUGGUAUUGGCCAUAUAUUACCUGCAAUCCACAUCUAAGAGCUACAAAGAGGCAAAUGUGGAACUGAAGAAAAAACUUCAAAUGCAAAAUGAGGAAAACAAGAAGAAAAACAAGAAGGCCGCACAAAAAGCAUUAAUGGAUCUGGAGGAGGCAAGAAAAGUUGCAUUAGAGUCUGCAGGCCAUCAGAGGAACAACAAUGCUUCAUUCCAAGGUCAGGAGGCCAGAGACAGAGAGAUGGAACAAGCAACCAGAGUCCCUAGACCCAGCAACCACAUGAGCCACAGGACCCCGGGAUACCUGCCCAAUUUCCCUCUGCAAAGUGAAGCCAUGAUCCGUCGGGCACCAAGCCUACAGAGACACUAAUGAAUGCAAAGGAACGCGGAGAAAAAUACUUUACAGAGCGACUCAUGUUUAGACAAAAUGAAAGCAAUGAGCAUGAUACACAUUUGAGUACUCUUUUCUAUUUUGAAAAUGAUGUUUUUUGAAAAUUUAAAAAACAAAUUGCAUAAGCAUCUUUUAAUCAAAAAAAUUAAAAUCAUAAACAUCUUUAAUUACACCAAGACUGAUGAUCUACACUAAGAUGAUAGUCUGCUGUUAAUUUUGUCCACAAGAAAGUAUCAAAUCGUUUAUCAAAAACUAAGUUAUUGACUGUUUCAUUUUUAUAAAUAAAGAGGAGCUCCAAACAGAAUGUCUUUUAUAAUUAAUGAAGUUUGAUCAUUACAAAACACUCAUUUAAAUUCUCAUUAUGUAGCUGACAUGUCUGCUACUCUGAUGAAAAUCUUUGAACGUAUCAUGUGUCUCUGUGUGUGACUGUACUGUGGGCUGUUGGGCAUGAAAGAUCCUAUCAAGCAAUCCAUUAUUGACGGACCUAAUUAAGCAGACAAUUCUCUAUCUGCUCUGAGAUAUUUAAUCAUAAGCGCAUUGUCAGGAUGUUACCAAUGUAAAAUGGUUUGCCCUUUUUGAUUUUGGGAAUGUUUAAAAAACAUAAAGAGGAUUUUAAUUGUUUUAUGCUUAUGCUAAAACUAUAACAAGUAAGUGGUUCAUUGAAAAAUUAUGCUAAGAGAUACUCCAUCAAAGUUUUGAUGGCAUGGAGUUAUGCUCUCAGUGGCACAUAUUUCUCACUGAAUGUUUGAAUUUAAAAAAAUUGUGUUCUAGGACAUUGUUUCUGGAGAACGGGAAGAGUUUAUUAUAAUUUUGUCUUUGAGUUGUGGGCAGGACUGUUGGCAGGGAGUAAGCCUGUCUUCAUUUCCCAUCAAUCCUUUGCCAACACUCUUUCCAGCUAGCUCACAGCCCCUCACAACCCAAAGCCAAUGUUACCAGUGCAAAAAUUUGAA